AUGGCACACGGGCGCUUCCCUCUCCUCACCUUGCUUUUAGCGAUCUUGCAGCAGGUGUCGGGCUCUGGGGUCUUCCAACUGGAACUUCAGGAGUUUAUAAACACCAAUGGGAUGCUGGAGAAUGGCGAGUCGUGUUUACCCAACUGCCGGAUCUUCUUCAAGAUUUGCCUCAAGCACUACCAGACUGUGGUGUCCCCAGGAUCGUGCACAUUCGGCAGUGUGGUCACCCCAGUGCUGGGAUCCAACUCCUUUAUUAUUGGGAAUGUGGAAGGCUUUUCCAACCCCAUCAGGCUGCCCUUUAACUUCACAUGGCCGAAAACCUUUUCCCUGAUUAUUGAAGCUAUCCAUAAACCUUCAGGUAAUUUUUAUAAACGUUUAAAUCAAAAUGAUAAGUUGGUCAGCAAGUUUACCAUCCAAAAACCCCUCAAUGUUGGUGAAGAAUGGUCCUCAGAUGGGAUGUCAGGAGUACACCAGACACAGCUGAAAUAUUCCUACAGAGUUGUCUGCAGUGAGCAUUACUAUGGGGAAAGCUGUUCCCGGCUUUGCAAACCUAGAGAUGAUCGGUUUGGCCAUUACGUCUGUGAAUCAGAUGGCAGUGUAUCGUGCCUCAAGGGAUGGAAAGGAGAAUAUUGCUCAAAACCAAUAUGUCUGGAUGGGUGCAGCGAGCAAAAUGGUUUCUGCAACAGCCCUGGAGAAUGCUCAUGUCGCCUUGGCUGGCAAGGUCGUUUCUGCAAUGAGUGCAUUCCCCACAAUGGAUGUAGACACGGCACCUGUCAGAAUCCAUGGCAGUGCAUCUGUGAUGAAGGCUGGGGUGGCCUUUUCUGCGACCAAGAUUUAAACUACUGCACCCAUCAUAAACCCUGUAAAAAUGGAGCCACGUGCAUGAACACAGGACAGGGCAGCUACACGUGUUCUUGUCAAGCUGGAUAUACUGGGGUGAACUGUGAAGAGAAGAUCAAUGAGUGUGAUAGUAACCCCUGCAGAAAUGGCGGCAGUUGUACGGAUGUGGAUAGUGGUUAUGUCUGUGAAUGUCCACAAGGAUAUUAUGGAACCCACUGUGAACACAGCGUACUAAAUUGUGCCGACUCUCCAUGUUUUAAUGGAGGUACAUGUAGAGAACGAGAGAUGGGUGCCAGCUAUGCCUGCCUAUGCCCGCUAGGAUAUACAGGUUCUAACUGUGAAAAGAAAUUGGACAAAUGUACAAACAAUCCUUGUUUAAAUGGUGGUCAGUGUUAUGUCUUGGGUUACACGCAGCUGUGUCGCUGUCUUUAUGGAUACAAAGGCCCAACUUGCUCCAUUAACAUAAAUGACUGUGCAAAGAAUCCAUGUUCCAAUGGUGGUACCUGCUAUGGCUUACAUGGUGACUAUGGCUGCAUUUGUUCACCUGGAUUUACUGGGAAGAACUGUGAUGUAAAAUCCAUAGAUGAGUGUGCUAUGAACCCUUGUAAAAAUGGGGGAUCGUGUCAUUUUGUGCCUUAUGAGCAAAGCAUUGCUUGUGUUUGUCCUUUUGGGUUCAUGGGAAGCCACUGUGAAUUCCAGGCUCGGGAAUUUCCCUGGGUUGCCGUGUUUAUGGGUGCCGGUAUGGUGGGACUCCUAGUCUUAUUGUGCAUGAUCUUCAUCGUUGUGAGGCAUUUUUCCGUCAGCAACCAAAACAAGACACAAAAACAAUGAACAAUUUAUCAGAUUUCCAAAAAGACAACCUGAUACCAGCCUCACAGUUAAAGAAUAUAAACAAAAAGAAGGAUCUUGAAGUGGAUUUUGGUUUGGAUAAAUCGAACUACAAGCUAAAAAACCAUACGUUAGACUGUAAUAUAACCAAUGGACUAAUUGGUGUCGGCAACGGAAUUGCAAAAGGAGACAAUUUUUACAAAAGUGAUAAAUGUUUAGAAGAAGAGAAAUACCCUCUUCGUUUACACAGUGAAAAGCCAGAGUGUAGAAUAUCAACGAUAUGUUCCCCAAGGGAUUCAAUGUACCAGUCAAUUUAUGUGAUAGCAGAGGAACUGAACGAAUGUGUGAUAGCUACAGAGGU